AUGGGGUCGACCUUCCGGAUCAUCGUGAUCGUCACGUUGGUCACCAUCUUAACGCCUGUAGAAUCCAAAGGUGUGCACUUCGUUGCAAGAUCUCUACUCCAUGUCUUUCCACCUUCGAAUCCUCCCUCCGAGACAGAGUCUCCACCUCCAGCACCGGCAGCUAUGAAACCGAUCACAAUCUCGGCAAAUCCUCCAACAGAAACAGAUAUAGACUCUCCCGCCGGUUCCAUUACCCCUACGAAUGCUCCGACAACGGAGAUAGACUCUCCCGCGCCGUCACCUGAGGCUCUCGCCGGUUCAGUUUCCUCUCCUAAACCUGCGGCGGAGAUAGAUAUGGACUCUCCCGCCCCGUCACCAGAGGCUUUCUCCGGUUCAUUUUCCCCUGCUCAACCAUCGGCGGAGAUAGAUACGGACUCUCCCGCCCCGUCACCAGAGGCUCCCGCCGAUUCAGUUUCCCCUGCUCAACCUCCGGCGGAGAUAGAUAUGGACUCUCCCCCGCCGUCACUAGAGGCUCCCACCGAUUCAGACUCCCCUGCUCAAUCACCGGCGGAGAUAGAUAUGGUCUCUCCCGCGCCGUCAGCAGAAGCUCCCGCCGAUUCAGUUUCCCCAACGAAUCCACCUUCUCAGGAAAACUCCGUGGUUCCUUCCCCAACCGCUACAUCUGGGAAAACAUUUAUGAAUAAGCCCAAAAACAUUUUGAAUCAGCCAUUGUUAUCUCCGGAGAUCAAAAGCAUUUGUGGCAAAACCGAUUUCCCUCCUCUUUGCGAAUCUUCCGUUAGUCCUCUCUUAACGGCUCAACUGAAACCCGACGCUUCCACCGUCCUUGUCCUCGCGAUUCAGUCUUCGAUUAACGCAACAAAGGCGGCGAUGGCCAUUGUCGACAAAGUAGCCGCCGCCGAUUGCCAGGAGUUGUACGACGACGCGGUGGCGAAUUUGGAAGACGCGAUUAACGCCGUCAAGUCACGUGACAUUGCCACCGUUAACACCAACUUGAGCGCAGCGAUGACCGAUUACAGCACGUGCAACGACGGUUUUGAGGAAUCCGGUGAGCCUAACCCGUUGGCUGAAGUGGGCGAUAAGCUAACGAACAUGGUUAGUAACUGUCUCGCAAUCUCAACGUUGAUCAAGUAA